AACAAAAAAGUACCGUUAGAAAAUAUUUGUGAGAGAAUACACAAUCUGAGAGAUACAAAUGUCGUCUGAGCAAGUUCGCAGAGACAAUACUACCCAUAAGCGUGAAAUUCACAUAGAGAAUGACACAGUCCCUAAAAUCACAAGUCACUUCGAGUCUUUGACUGUGAUAGCAAAGGAUUCAGAAACUCCUCAUGAGAGCGGGAAAGAGCUGUCACAUGAUAGUGGAGCCAGGAGUGGUAAUACAACUGGUGAAGUAACUGCACGGUGGAAAGCAAGAGAAUCCCACGAGUUAGGCUCUCAUAAGAUCGAGUCUCUUAAUAGGGAUGUCAAUAGAGAAAAGGGUAGAGAGCAUGAAAAAGAUCGAGAUAAAGAUUCGUAUGCUGAUCAAGCAAGGAAAGCAAAUAUGGCUGGUGAGAAACAGGCAGAAGAUAAAAGAUCAGGGAGAGGAGAGCAUGAGAAGACAAUAGGGCUUCAUGCUGUGGGGAAAUUUGAUAUGAGCGGUGAAGAAAGAGGCGGACAAAUGCAAGGGCAAGCCGGGGGAAGACAGGAGAAAGAAAUGGGCAGACAAAUGCAAGGCCAAGCCCGGGGACGCCAGGAGAGACAAAUGGGGAGAAAAAUGCAAGGCCAAGCGGAGGGCCACCGCCAGGAGAGAGAAAGGGGCACGCAAUUGCAAGGCCAUGCGGAGGGCCACCGCCAGGAGAAGGAAAUGGGGAGGCAGAUGCAAUGCCAAGCCGGGGGCCAAGGCCAGGAGAAGGAAAAGGGCAGGCAAGUGCAAGGCCAAGGCCAGGAGAAGGAAAUGGGGAGACAAAUGCAAGGCCAAGUGGAGAGCCGCGAGAAACAACAACCACCUUCUCUCGAACAAAUAACAAAGGCCAGAGGAACAGCGCAGCAGAAUUCAGCGGAGGCUUUAAGGGCUGCAGAGGAGCGAUACAAUCAGGCAAAAGAAGAGACCAGGCAUAAACUUAGUUCGGCAACUGAAUAUGCCGCUGAGAAGGGAUCUCAAGCAAAGGACACUGUGUUUCAGGGCGCUCAGAAAACAUCACAGCUCGUUGCAGAGAAAGGCAGCCAGGCCAGGGACACAGCUCUAGAGAAGGGUCAACAAGGUUAUGAGGCUGCGAAAGAGACCCUCUACAAUGCAGGCAAAACUGCCAAGGAAUACACCGUUCCGAAAGCAGAACAAGCCAAAGACUAUGCACUAGAAAAGGUCACGGAGGCAAAAGAAACGGCAGUUGAUACUACCAAGAGGGCUGCAAGUUACACAGGAGAGAAGGCUGCGGCUGUAAAAGAUACGACGGUAGACAGUGAUAAAGGGGCUCCUGAGUAUGCAGGGAAAGUGGCUGAAGACGUGAAGGACAAGGCUGUAGUGGCAGGCUGGAGCACCGCGCAUUACACAACUGAGAAGGCAGUGGAAGGGACGGCUGCUGUGGCAAAGGUAGCACAGUACACGACUGAGAAAGCCGUGGAAGGGACAAAGGCGGCCGUGAGGGCUGUUCAAGGAGUUGCAGGGUAUGCUGGUCACAAGGCAGCUGAGAUAGUGACCAAACCGCUGGGUGCUGCUAAAGAAGUAGCUGUCUCUACUGGUGAGACUAUGAAAGAAUAUACCGCUAGGAAGAAGGAAGAAGCAGAAAGAGAACUUGAGGCUAAGAGGUCUUCUGGAAGACAGCAGGACACCGAGUGGACUCACCAAGGAGGUGAUAACGAAGGAGAACGAAAGUCCUACACACAAAAAGCACAAGAGAAGUUGCAAGACGUCGCCAGACAAACGGGAAGCAACAUCCAGGAAACCUUUCAAGGAGGCCAAGAACAAGAAAAACGAGGAAAGGAAGGCUCAGAAUACGGACGAGAGGAAACCUUUCAAGGAGGCCAACAACAAGGACAGCGAGAAACGGAAGGUACAGAAUGCGAACAAGAAGAAACCUUUGAAGGAGGCCAAGAACAAGGAAACCGAGAAAAUUCAGGCGCAGAGUACGGAAGAGAAGAGAACCGUGGAGGAGUGCUCAAGGCCAUUGGCGAAACUGUAGUUGAAAUUGCCCAAACAACAAAAGACAUCGUCAUUGGGAGCGGCGAGACUGACGAUAAUAUACUUGGUUUCGAGUCGAGCCAAUAUGAGGAAACACAGCAAGGAGAGGCUCGACGUGGACAGACAAAUUGAGUGGCGAAUUUAUGAAGUUUAGUAUGACCA